AUGCUGAAUAAUAAUCAAAUAAUAAAACGGAUGUCUAUCAAACAAACAGCACAAGUUGAAAUUAUUCGAAUAAUUUCACCUGAUUCAUUUUUUAUUCGACCAAUAAAUCAUAUUGCAAAUCAACUUGUAUAUACUGAACCGUAAGAUCAUAUCCAUAAAUACUUAUGAAUUUAAUUAAUAUUUUAAAAAAAAAUUCAGUUUUCGACUAACUCCAUUUCCGGAAUAUUCAAUUGGAAACUUUGCGUUAGCCCCAAUUGAAAGACGAAAAAUUGGAAGAUGUUUGAUUCUAGAAAAAUUUGAAGUGGAAAAAUGUGCCAAAGUGUUUUUUGUUGAUUUUGGAUCGGAAUUUAUGGUUCAUGAUUCGUGUAUUUUCAAAAUUGAAAUCGAGCAAUGUUAUUAUCCUUGGCAAGUGAUUCAUGUUGGAUUAGCAAGAUGUAGUCCUGUUAAAGAACAAAAUUGGACUGAAGAACAAUGUAGACAAUUCGAAGAAUUAUUAAAUGAAUUCCAAGAUUUUGAAAUAAUUGCAACAGAUUAUGAUAUGGAUAAUAAUUGGGAUCGAAGUACAAUAAAAGUGAAUCUUUUUGGAAUUCCAAUAGAUGGCGAUGAAAAAGUUAGCAUUGAAGAUAUAUUUGCGUGUUCUUGCCCAUUUGUUGCGAAAACUGUUCUUCCCAGUAAUUACAAGGUGAAAUAUUUUCAGAUGUUUAUGAAAACUUGAAAUGAGACAGAAAUUUGAAUUGAUCAUUUUUUCUCUUGUAAUACUUUUUAACAAAAUGUUAAUAUUUUUUUGGUUCAGAAAAUGUGUAGUUUUAGUUUUUAUUUUUUUUCAGUUUUUUAAAGAAAAUUAUCUGAACAUAAAUUUAAAAAAAACGAUAAACCCGAAUAAAAGUUAUUUUCAGCUUUCAAUUUUUUGCCUUUUUUGAAACAUUUAAAUUUACAGAGAUGUUUUUGUCAUUUUCAAAAUUUUUCUUUUAAUUAUUUUUGUAGGAUUCGAAUUUGUCAAGUGAGUGGACUCAAAUAUUCAUCGAUUCAACACGUUUGAAUUUUCCGGAAGAUUGGCAAUUUGAGGAACACUUAAAUAAUAGAGAUGAAGAUGAAUGGGAAAUGAAAGAAAUUCCAAAUUUUCCCAUUGAAAACAGUUCAAAUCUCAUUGGAUUUAUUGAUUGUUCAUCAACAAUUUCACCGUAUGAAAUGUAUAUUCGACCAAUUCACCCGAAAAAUGAAAUAAUAUCUGUUGAUGAAUGGUUGAUUGAAGAUUAUGAAGAUUUUGUUGAAUUCUCACAAGAUUUGGAUGAUUUCUAUAAACAUUUGAUAAAUCAAAGACCAUUCAGCUAUGAUGAAAUGUAGGUUUGAAAGUUGAAAAAAAAAAUCAACAUAAAACAUUUGUUUUUCAGUGAAGAAUAUCUAGAAAAUGGUCGAGUUUUUGGAAUUUGUUCAAGUAGUUCGAGAACAAAUUCAUCGUGGCAUAGAAUUGAAAUUUAUGGAAUUCAAAAUGAAUCUGUUCACAUCAAAUAUUUGGAUAUUGGUGGCAUGACUCAUGUUAAACUUCGACAAGUUCAUCGGUUAAAUUCCAAGUGAGUUUUCUUUUUCAGUUUCUUAUUAAAAAAAAUUUGAUACAUUUUUUAGGCAUGCAAAACAACCACCGUUUUGUGUUCAAGUGAAAAUUAAUAAAAUUCAUGAAAAUGAAGAUGUCUUUUGGAGUGCUGAUUUAUGUCAAAUUUGGGCUGAUCUUAUUCCAUAUGAUGUUCCAGUUCAAUUCGAUGAAAUUGGUACGAAAUUCUCGCGAAAAGUGAUAAAAUUUUUUUAAAAAAUUCAGAAAUGAACAAUGACACUGGAAAUGUUGUAAGCUCAAAUUUAUCAGUUUUGGAUGAAGAUGAAGAUUCAUUGAUCGAACAAUUUGUUGAAAUGUCACAAGGACGUGUCAAAUAUUUUUCAUAA